GUCAUGCCUAAAAAUAGGGGGAGUAAGGGUUUAUUACUAAAUAUAUAUCUAUUUAUUAAAUCUUCUUGUGCAUUUACUGGGUUUAAAUGAGCAAAAAUGUUGAUAUUUCAUGGUAAUAAAAAUAAUAAGCACGUGUAAUAUCGUUAUUUGUUUUCUCACAUUCAAAUAACGUGUGAAUUCCUAAUAUAUUGAACUUAAUUUCUGGUUAGAAUUUAUUGUUUGCCGACACCAGUCGCGCUAGACUAGACUUCCUAAUUACUGAUUAGCUACUAUCUGAAUGUGUAUAAUGAACGUUUAAUAUUGAUGGCGGUAAUACUUUUAUUUUGGAAGCACCUGUGUCGCUGAGAAACCCACAUAAACAGUGAUGAGUGGAAUAACAAACGCUGUCUUGACUGACAUCUGCUGAGUUGUUAAUAAUUCCGCAUCUGAAAACAAGACAAGGCGGUUGAGAUAAAAAUCUGAGUGUGAGCCCACAUGUUCCCUGUGGACUCACUCAGACCUGUAUUCGACAACUAAACAGCAUUAAAAGUCAUUUACAUAAAAAUGACCUAUGUGAUCAUUAACCAACAGCAGCACAGAGCUGACCCACACAGUCACAGAACUGAUGACACACUGUUUAAUGUGGAGUAUGAACAUCAAACGGUGCAGAAAUGUUUAGUGUUACCUGUGUGUACACCUGAACUUUAUGCUGAUGUUUCCUUGAGUCUUAUCUGACACUUUAACCUGAUGGUGUCUUCAGUAAACCUGCCGUUCUGUAUUUAUGCCUUUUUCUGUAUUUCGGUAAAUAUAUUUUCCUUGUGCUAAACUGUGCUGCCGCUGUUGCAACAUGGCAAUUUCCCUAUUGCGGGACAAUAAAAGUUUUCUAUUCUAUUCUAUUUCAUUCUAUUCUAUUCUAAGUUCCUACAACACGGCAUUUUAGCCACAGACUGUAAAGCCGAUCCAGACGUAAUUUCAUUUAAAGCUUUGACCUUCUAUUUGUCUACAUAUUUAAAGAUGAGUUCAAUUUCCUAUCGGUAGGUGGUAGCACCCCAGGAGCCGGCAGGUUUAGACCGAAAAUUUCCCCACGAAGAAGAAAAACCAGGAAAUGACGAAGGCAUAAAAAUCAAAACAUAAAUUUGACAGUUCGGCAUCGUCCUGCACCAAACAGUGACAUGCAAUGGGAAAUGUUCGCGCUUGUAUGGAAAAUGAACUAAAGCAUUCAGACGACCUUUUACUCGCACUGUCGAUAAAUGCUAACCCCAGGAAGGCUCCGCAUUGGUUAGUUUAUCCAGUAGCUUCAGCUAGCGGUUUAGCUUCUCGGGUUAAGAAAGCUGCUCCAUGGCGAUCUAUGGGCUGAACAUUACCAUAUAUAGCCCGGACACAGAGCUCCCUCGGCGGUGAAAUGUAAACGGGGACUCGCCCUGAAAGCUGACACAAACUCAGCCUGGGAGAGGAGACAACAACGCGCACGCUUCACCAUGUCAUCCGACCAGAUCAUUGCAAUCGUCGUGGACGACAAAACGUACGAGGUGAAUAAGAAGAAGCUGAUAGAGAAGAGCGACUACUUCCGUGCCCUGUACAGUUCUGGUAUGAGGGAGUCCACUGAGGACUCCGUGCAGCUGCAGGGGCUCAGUGUGCCCGGCCUGGAGCUGGUCCUGGAGUUCAUCAACACCUCUAAGGUUCAGGUUGUCAAUGAGACUCUGGAAGACCUGAUAGAGACCGCCUCCUUCUUACAGGUCACCUCCAUCCUUAAGCUUCUCACCUCUGAGAUCCGCAUGGACAACUGUGUGGAGCUGUACAGCCUCUCUGAGGUUUACGGGACUCAUGAGCUACGUAAUGCCUGCCUCAAAUACAUGAGCUGCUACUAUCAUCCGAUGCUGAGGUGGCCAGAGUUCAGAAGCCUGCCUUGUGCAGUCAGAGAGCAAGUCAGGGAGAUGCGUAUGAAAGGCACCGCCACCCUAGUAGCUAUUGGAGACUUUACCUGCUUGUCCCUAGAUGUACCUGAUCAGGAUGAACCCUGGUCUAUGCUGAGGUACGGCGAGGUGGAGCAGCGCUGGAAGCCACUCGCAAACAACGUGCCUCCAGAUAUGAUCAACGUCAGGGGCUACGGCUCGGCCGUCCUCGAUAACUACCUGUUCAUAGUGGGCGGGUACAGGAUGACAAGCCAGGAGAUCUCUGCAGUGCACUGCUACAACCCGUGUAGGAAUGAAUGGACCCAGGUGGCUCCACUCAACCAGAAAAGGUCCAACUUUAAGCUUCUGGCAGCGCAGGGGAAGCUCUACGCCGUAGGCGGCCAGUGUCUGGGAACAGUGGAGUGUUACAGCCCAGAGCAGGACUGGUGGAUAUGCGUGUCGUCCAUGCCAAACCCACUGGCCGAGUUUUCUGCCUGUGAAUGCCAGGGAAUGAUCUACGUCAUGGGUGGAUACACUGCAAGAGACAGGAACACAAACGUCCUUCGCUACUGCCCCAACUCUGACGCCUGGUCAGUGUUUCGCUCAUGCCCGGCCCACAUUCGGAAGCAGCAGAUGCUCUCGGUUGAGGACACCAUCUACCUGGUGGGCGGCUACACCCACGAGCUGGAGGUGGCGCGGGGGCAGCGGCGGCCCAGCCAGACGGAGGACGUGCUGACGGUACAGUCCUACAACAUCACCACAGGCGAGUGGAUCCAGCUGAAGGAGAACACGUCCAAGUCGGGCCUGAACCUGACGUGCACGCUGCACAACGACGGCAUUUACAUCAUGAGCCGGGACGUCAGUCUGCCCACCAGCCUGGAGCACCGCGUCUUUCUCAAAUACAACAUCUUCUCUGACGCAUGGGAAGCCUUCAGACGCUUCCCAGCUCUGGGACAAAACAUGCUGCUGUGUUCACUUUACCUCCCCAAUGUGCUGUGACUGAGAGGGCUGAUGGGGAAAAACUGCAGUGAAUACUAACACAUAAUGAAGCUGUUAAUAUGUGUGUGGGUGGCUUGUUCUUGCACAGAAUGGGGCUUCGUGACAUUAGUCUGGUUGAAUGCCUCAACCUCUGUGCCUAUAAAGACAAAAAUGCACUACAGAAGAACACACAAAAGCAACAGUAUGACAGUGAUGAAAGGCUGGCGUUGACACAACCUUGAAAUCACAGCGAUAGUUGCCUUUUAUUAGUGUAAAAGGUUACCUGGCUAACCUGAAGUUAGCAUCUGUGUCUGUUGUGACUUCAGGAUCGUCAAAACACAGAGCUAGAAAUCCUAGCAAUUACAAGAGCUUUGAAUUGGGACACUCUGGGGCCUACAAACGCUGGCAGACAAUUAUUUCUAAAACGCAAGAGACACAAACUUCAAUAAUACAACAAUGUGAUUUCAAAUCUUUGGUCCACAAUAUUCCUGAUGUUUACACUUUAAAUAUGUCACUGUUAUAUCACUACAAACCUUAAAAAUAUCAGAAAGAAAACUCAUUUCUCCAUAGCAGAUAAUCCUGAACUGGCUUUGGUUUUACACUGCCUGUUUUAUGGUAAAUUCCGUGAUCCUCUUGUUUGGGAUGUGAAGUGGCUCAGAGGGGGCGUCGUGUGUUUGAUGCUCGCUUGCCCACGUCUUAUUUUAAGUCAAGCUUAGAGCACAGAUCUGUGACCUGAACAAAGCAAAACGUGCCUUCUGCAACCUCAGUUUAUAUGAACUUGACGGAACAAAGCACAACAUUUAAAACUGUCUUAACUUUGUCAGCAACUGACCAAAUAUGCUGUGUUUCAUUUUUUUCCUCUCUUAAUUUUCCUUUUCCAAAACCCUCAAAGCAACAUUUAUGUGACACAGUCAUGAUUGUGGGAUUGAAUCCAGCUCUGAUUUAGUUGAUUUGGCUAAAGUUUCUCUGCUUUACAUGUUUGUUUGACAGUUUGUUUAAGUUGUGACAUUAAAGAUCAUGUUUAGCAUCUG